ACGUCUGUCAUUUGCUUGCUGCUAGCUGCAACUCUAACCAAAUUUCCAAAAAUAGUUAAAAGUGUAAUUUCCUGAGAAAUUUCCUAUAUUUGCAACGAAAUUUAGAAAAACAGAUCCUUUGCUAAAUAUUUUUUUAUCAAAUGGAAGCAACCCGAAUCAAAUCGGUCCGCGAUGAUCAACCCUCAGCAAAAUUAUUAAUUUGAACUUAUACAUCUGUGCAUUUGUGUGUUUAUGUUACAAUCAACACCUCUGGAGGUUUAAUUAAAUGAAAAUGGAAUGCCUUCUCGCUUAUUACACGAAGAAAUUUACGAAAAUCGAUGGGAACAUCUUCGAAUUAUUCGCUCAAUUUUACAACCUUGAUUUAUCUCCAGUAGACUCAUGGCUAGAAACCCAAUUCAAAAACAAGGUUGAGAAAGAUGAUAAAUUAUCUACAUUUUAUAGACAAGAGGGUAACAAAUGUUAUGCCCGGAAAGAUCUUGUCAAGAGCUUGGAAUUUUAUACUAAAAGUUUAUGUUGUGCCACACCCCAUGGCAAAGAAUAUGGGCUUGCUUUGGCUAACAGAUCAGCUGUAUCUUUUGAAAUGAAGGAGUAUGAGAAUUGUCUCAGAGACAUUGAGUUAUGCUUUGAGACAAACUACCCAAAAGAUCUAAGGCCAAAAAUCUAUCUCAGAAAAGCAGAAUGUUACUGUGAAAUUGGACAUGAAGAGAAUCUGGAUAGGUGCAUUGGUGAGGCAAGAAAGUUUUUAAACAUGGAGAAAAUACCAGAUAAAGAAAAACAUAUAAAAAAGCUGAAUCAAAUUAAAAAGUCAACAGUAAAGAUGAAAAAUAUUAUCGACAAUUACAGGGACAAUUCAAAUGACCUUCCUGAACUGGCUGAUGGAGAAAAUGAAAAUUUUGCUUAUACUUCAUCAAAACUUCAAAUGAGUUAUGACAAAACCAGAGGUCGACAUGUAAUAGCCAGAAAAAACAUUAGGAAGGGCGACGUCCUUUUCGUAGAAAAAGCAUUUAUAUUUGCCCCAGUAUUUAAGGAUAACAAGGAGUUUUAUUCUUUUAAAUGUUAUAAUUGCCUCAAGGAUAUUAUAAGUAGUAUUCCCUGUCGAUCCUGUAUCUUAUGUGUCUACUGCAACGAAAAAUGUCGAGCGCAUUCAUGGGACGAGUACCACAAAUGGGAAUGUAAAGGAAUGCAAGCGAAUAUAUGGUAUGACCUCGGAAUAGCAUUUCCAGCAUUUAAGGCCGUACUAAAGGGUGUAAAAUCAGGAUUUAAGUGUAUCAAAGGCGGACCCGAGGAAGAUCUCAAACGGUUUGGUAGUAAGGAAGAUAAUUAUCCGUAUUUUAAUAGACUGGUGUCCAAUAUAUAUAAAAGUAAAAAUGCUGCUCCAUAUAUUGUGAUGGCAGCCAUAGUAGUAAACUAUCUUAAAAACUACACGAAUUUCUUUACGUGGUUUCUCCAGCAAAAGAAUUGUCCAAAAAACGAAAGUACUGAUCUGAUAACGUACGUAGGAGGCCUGAUUACGAAACAUAUUGCUCAAUUAUCAUGCAAUUCAAGUAUUAUAGAGCAUUGGAGUUAUUCUUCAACUGAUUUAUUAUUUCCUGACAUUUUGAUCACCAUUGCCUGUGGGAUGUUCCCUUCUGUUAGUAUUAUGAAUCAUUCGUGUAGGCCUAACGUAACAAAUUUUUUCAUCUGUGAUACGCUGGUCGUAAAGGCUCUGGAAGAUAUUCCAGAAAGGGACGAAGUUUUUAAUUGUUACGGAAUCGACUAUAGGGGCAUGAGCAGACAUCAAAGGCAAGUGGCAUGUAGAAGUCUAUAUCACUUCGAGUGCAAGUGUGUUAUAUGCAGUGAUCAGUCUAAAGAAGUGGAAAUGUUAGAUAGCUAUAUCUGUCCGAAAUGCAAAGGUCUAGUCCCAGAAAUUGCCAACGUCUCAUGCAUAUUUUGUGUCGGUUGCGGAGAAGAAUACUCCUUACCACCUUUCAGAAAAGUGAACAAGGUGGCUCAGAAAUAUUUAGAAAGUGACGAUGGUAAUCAGUUGGAAAUUCUUAUAAAAUGCUUGAAAAUUCGCGAGAAAAUAUUGUAUAAGCAUCAUAAGGAUUUUGAAGAGGUCUAUUAUAGGCUUUAUAGUUAUUACGUUGAAGUUGGUGACGCCGAAAAUAUGUUUAAAUAUUUUCAUUUAUGGCUUGAAAAUGAAAAAGCGAGACGCGGGGAGAAUUCUAGAGGUAUAGGAACGAAAUUAUAUGAGGCAGCUCUAGCAAUUUUGCAUUGUUUACAAAGUGGACACCCCAAAAAUUGUAAUCUUAAGUCGUUUUUACAAAACGUUGAACAUAUGAUAAGAGAAGCGAAAGCGGUUUUAAAUUUGUAUUAUCCGGCUUACAUCACGAAUAGACUGAGUAGAAAGAUACAGUUUAUAUCGAAUAAAUAGAGAAAAACUAAAUUUUUAUAUAACAUGUGUUACUGUGUAAAUGAAUAUAUUAAUAUCAUUUAUUAAUA